AUGAAAGGGAUAGUACUGUUUGUUACUGUUGUGCUAUUGGCUUAUGGCAUUCAUUAUUUUUGGGUCUUAUUACCCAUAGUUAGUGGAUAUGGAGCAAAACAUAUAUGUUCAUCAGUGUUCAUAGCCGAUUUCAGCGAAAAACAUCGUCGAGAAGAUGUUGAUACUUUUCCCAUGAAAUAUGCAACAUUUAAUAUUAAUUACACUGAUUUGUCAGUAAGUAGUUCUAUGCUUGGAUUUGCUCCAACUAAAGCUAUCUAUCGAAAUGGACUUGGGGCAACAUUAAUUAAUGAAUUAACAGAAGAAGAGGUCCGUAAUCAGAAAUUCAAUGUCGAAAUAAUGUCUGAUAUCAAUCAAGAUAAGAUUCCAUGGCCUAUGGGUGAUCAAAUGAACGAUGAAGUUUUCCCAUCGCAUAUCAAUAAGAUACAAUUGGAAGAUGCGAUAAAUGACUUAUUUAUAGAAAAAGAUCCAGCUAAUCUUAUUCGUACACGUGCUGUGGUUGUUUUAUACGAUGGAAGAUUGAUUAGCGAAAAAUAUGCUUCAGGUUUUUCAAAGAAGUCAAAAUUUUUAGGUUGGAGCAUGACUAAAAGUAUCAUUAAUGCACUUAUUGGGAUUUUGGUAAAAGAUAAAAAAUUAAAUAUUGAUGAGUCUGCUCCCGUACCUGAAUGGAAUAAUUCCAAUGAUCCACGUCAUUCUAUUACUAUAAGACAUUUAUUACAACAGCAAAGCGGUCUGGACUUUAAAGAAGAUUAUUAUGCGAAAAGUGAUGUUACAGAAAUGCUUUUUCUUCGUAGUGAUAUGGGUGCAUUUGCUGCUUCACAUCCAUUGAAAUCGAAACCAGGUACUCAAUGUUAUUAUAGUAGUGGAAGUACCAAUAUAUUAUCACGUCUUAUUCGUCAUACAGUUGGUGAAAAUGAAUAUCAUUCAUUUCCCUAUCGAAGAUUAUUUUCUAAACUCGGCAUGAAUAGUUUUGUUAUGGAAGUUGAUCCAUCAGGGACUUUUGUUGGUUCAUCUUAUUCGUGGGGUACUGCUCGUGAUUGGGCACGAUUUGGUUUAUUAUAUUUAAAUAAUGGAUAUUAUAAUAAUGAGCAAAUCUUAACAGAAGAAUGGAUAAAACAAUCCGUAACACUUGGCGGUGUUACCCAAUAUGGUCAACAUGGACUUCAUUUUUGGUUAAAUACAGGAGCAAAUAAUGAUUCGCAUACUCGAAAAUUUCCAAAUGCACCUGCAGAUAUGUUCUGUGCGAGUGGUUUUAAUGGACAAAAUAUAUUUAUUAUUCCAUCGAAAAAACUAGUCAUUGUUCGUUUUGGUUUAACAAGAACACCUGAAGAAGAAUAUGGUGCAAAUCAAUUUCUAAAAAAUGUUAUUAGUUCAAUUAAUUUAUAA